AUGGCCUCAGACAUUGAAGUGCAUCAGGAGGAAGAGCCAAUCGAGUGGGUGAUUGACAACAAUACCACUGUGAAGAUGGUGCCCAUCAAGAUUGUGCACUCGGAGAGCCGGCCUGAGAAGGAGAGCCGCCAGGGCCUGGCGUGCACCAAGAUGCCCACACUGCCUAGCGGGCUGGAGAAAGACCACAUCAAGACCCUCAGCACCUCGGAGCAGUUCUACUCCCGCUUCUGCGUGUACAGCCGCCAGGGCGCCGAGCCCCCACCCCAGCCCCCCAGAGCCCCCGCGCCCACUGCCAAGGACAGCGGAGCCUCUCCAUCCGGGCUCAGCUACAUGAAGACCAAGGAGAGGACAGCCGAAGACCUGAAGUCAGAAGAGCUGGCCCGGGAGAUCGUGGGCAAGGAGAAGUCUCUGGCCGACAUCCUGGACCCCAGCGUGAAGAUCAGAACCACCAUGGACCUGAUGGAGGGGAUCUUCCCCAAAGACGAGCACCUGCUGGAAGAAGCCCAGCAGCGGAGGAAGCUGCUCCCCAAAGUCCCCUCUCCUGGGACCACGGACGAGAAGAGAGAGGAGCCGAGCGUGCCGGCGGCCAUGUCCCUGGCCACCAGUUCCACGUACUACAGCACUUCGGUCCCCAAGGCGGAGCUGCUGAUCAAGAUGAAGGAUCUGCAGGAGCAGCAGGAGCCCGAGGAGGAUUCGGGGAGCGACUUGGACCACAACCUGUCGGUGAAGAAGCAGGAGCUCAUCGAGAGCAUCAGUCGCAAGCUGCAAGUGCUUCGGGAAGCCCGGGAGAGCCUGCUGGAGGACAUCCGUGCCAACAGCGCACUGGGGGACGAGGUGGACGCCAUCGCCAAAGAUGUGUGCAAACCCAACGAGUUUGACAAGUUCCGCAUGUUCAUUGGGGACCUGGACAAAGUGGUGAACCUUCUGCUGUCGCUGUCGGGCCGUCUGGCGAGGGUAGAAAAUGCCCUCAAUAAUUUGGAUGACACUACUUCUCCUGGUCAUCGGCAAUCGCUGCUCGAGAAGCAGCGGGUCCUCAUCCAGCAGCACGAGGACGCCAAGGAACUGAAGGAGAACCUGGACCGCCGGGAGCGGAUCGUGUUCGACAUCCUGGCCAGCUACCUCAGCGAGGAGAGCCUGGCCGACUGCGAGCACUUCGUGAAGAUGAAGUCCGCCCUCAUCAUCGAGCAGCGUGAGCUGGAAGACAAGAUACACCUGGGCGAAGAGCAGCUCAAGUGUCUGUUCGACAGCCUGCAGCCCGAAAGAGGCAAAUAGGAGGGCCCUCCCUGGCGGAGGCCGGAAAGUGCCCCCCUGAGCUCGGUUCCGGAGGAUGCACGCGGAGACCCCAGCCGGUAUUUAUGUCCUGCAGCCCAA